AUGGCUUAUCGAAAUACUGGUUUCCAGAGUAUGGGCCAGAGGACAGGUCAAGGUCAUAGACACGAAGUUAUUGAUGUCGAGGAAUUUUUUAAAAAAAAGGAGGAGUUCCAAACCCGCCAAAACCGCAGUGCCACGAUUCACGUUCCUGAAAGUGCACUUGGUCGCAAGUGUACAGCGCUUGAUUGGUUACGUGAUCGUUCCGCCUUCCCGGACAACUACAACUUCCCGGCCCAUUACGGGCGCCCCCAGCCUCAUCCGCCGUCGAGUAAUCAUGAUCCCACCACAGAAGUAGAUCUCAUAUGGCUCUUCUCAAUCUUCAACACCAUUUUUUUCAUGAAUACACUUCCAUCCAACACCGGUGUUUUUCGGCAAGACAGUUCAACAUCCAAUCUUAGGCGUAGGGUUGAUCUCCCCGAAAGAAGAGAUUUAAUUUUUGCUAGCUCCUCCGCUUCCGCUUUUGUCGACAAUUUUAAAGCCGGAUUUGAGAGGAGGGUCGAUCAUCAGUUUUUACCUCCCACGAUCCGCGUCCCUUCUAGCCACAUUGAUCUCUCGGGUACCGAACAGGUGGUUCCUUGGGAGGAUCAAGUUGGUAGUCUCUUGGGGUCAAUGAUCGAUCUCUUUAUACGAUACUACAGUUGUAGAAAGAAUGGAUGCUGGAACGAUAAAUACACUCAUGGUCAAAUGCACAGAGGAGAAGUGUAG